AUGCCGCGCGCGACCCGCCCUGCUGACUGCUGGGUGAAAGUGCCAGUGGCGGCGCUGCGCUGGUCGGAGGGCCGCCCUCGCCUGCAGAGCCAUGUCCUCCUGCUGCUGCUGUUGCUGCGGCUCUGGCUGCCGCAGCUGCUGUCGCUGGUCGAGCAGGAGCUGCUGCUGCUGCUGCUGCUGCUGCUGCUGCUGCUGCUGCUGCUGCUGCUGCUCUGA